GCCGCCGGGACGGCCAUGGCGGCGGGGGUCGGGGCUGCACCGCAGUUCGGCCGCCCGGCGCCGCCGCCGCAGACGGGCUGGGAGCGGCUCAGCGAGCUCUGGCGGCGAGACGAGCGGCAGCGCUACCCGGAGGAGACGGUGAACAUCAUCAAGUCGGCCUUCGCCGGGGGACUGGUGGGCUGGGUGUACGGCGGGCUGCCCGCCUUCCACCAGGCCCGCCGCGCCUUCAUCGAGGGCAGCCAGGGAGACCUCUUCCAGAACCGCGCCGAUGCGGUGCAAUCCGCGCAUCGGGCUGGUCUCAGGAGCUUCCUCCGCUACGGCUGGCGCUGGAGCUGGAGAGUCGCCGCUUUUGUGACCAUAUUCAACACGGUGAGCACCGGUCUGUCUCUGUACCGCGAUAAAACCACCAUCACUAAUUUUGCUUCAGCAGGAGCCUUCACAGGAGCCCUUUUCAGAAUGCACUUGGGCCUGCAGGGACUGGCAGGUGGCUUCGUGUUCGGAACAGCCUUUGGGAUCCCUGCAGGGGGCCUCUUAAUGCUAAUGCAGAAGCUUGCUGGUGAGACCUUACAGGAGAAGAGAAAUCGUGAGCGCAGGGAGCUGUAUGAACAGAAGUUAGCAGAGUGGCAAUCCAGGCUCAGCGUGACGGAAGUCUUAGGCCAGAUGGAAAGCGAUGCCCAGGAAGGACUGGAAACGGAGAGCAAGAGAGUCCAGGAGCUACUGAGUCUUCCACAGAUUUCUGUCGUAAGCAGCUACAAAGUGUUUCGGUUCUACUCAUUAAAGGCUUCGAUCAAGGGGUGAUGGAAGUCUUCUGUGAACACAGGUAGAUCCUGUGCACUUGUGAAAAAGCAUUUUGCUGAAAACGUUGUUCAAGGAUGUGUGUCACUGCACAAGGGCUUGGAAGGGCCAAACCUGUUCCACCUGAGAAGGUGGAAAUGCAGACUCUGCAGACCAGGAACUGUCAUCUAGGUUUGGCAGGGGGUGAGAGCAGCCCCAGAGCCUCUUCUAGAACCCAUUUCACUGCUGAAAAUGUCUAAGCCACCAGUGAUGUAGAAAUAUUCAAGGUAAAGGAGCCUAUAUGAAUAGUUUGGAUGCUAAAGGUACCCUGAUUCCAAAAGCUAAUUAGCCUCUGGUGAAAGCUGCUCUUCAGACAGGGCCUGAAGAACUUGCUGCCAGAGCGUGAUAACAGGCAGCACCAGAGCGAGGGCUUCUCCUCCUCUCAACAUCCCCCUCCCACAGCUCCACUAGGCCUGCCUGGGACCAGUGCUGUUCUGCUGACAGGGAUUUCUUCAGGCUUUUUGCAGAAAAAAACGCUUGGUUCCUGUUGGUACUUGGGGUAUUUUGCAAUCGAUGUUGAGGAAGGGUGGAGGAGCCGGGAGUGACAUGGAAAUACCCUGAAAAGGACACAUUUUUAGGUUCCUCAAUGAGCGUGGCUGAGGGGGUCACGGAAAGGAUAACUUGUUUCUGGUGGUGAUGGUGGAAGAACUGGCGCUGUGGGCAGUUUUAACAACAAUAAUUUCAUGUGAAGGUUGGAAAUUGGGGGAUUACCUUUGGGGGAAAUGUGGUUCAAGACACUCAAUAAAGCCAUCUAGCAGUGGA